AUGCGGGUUUCUCUCGCUCUUGUCUUGCAGCGGGCGGCACGGGUUCGUGGUGGCGAUCACGGUGUGGAGGACAUCGGCAAGGGGCUUAUCAGAGAAGGCACGGGAUAUGUCACCUUCCCCGUCAAGUACCAGUGCGUUGUCUUCAGAUCCUUCAAGGGCGAAAUCCUCGAGGCUGUCGUCACCAUGGUGAACAAGAUGGGCUUCUUUGCGGAGGCUGGACCGGUGCAGAUCUUUGUGUCCAACCAUUUGAUUCUAGACGAUAUGGAGUUCCAGUCGGGAGAUGUGCCAAGCUACACAACUUCUGAUGGAUCAGUGAAAAUUCAAAAAGAGAGCGAGGUGCGGCUGAAGAUUAUUGGUACUCGUGUCGACGCUACAGAAACUUUUUGCAUUGGCACUAUAAAGGAUGACUUUCUGGGUGAUAUCAGUGAUCCUGGCGCAGCAGUGUAA